CCUGAGUGUGUGGAGUAAUUUUGGAGUCCCCGUGUGGCACGGGAGCACGCGCCGUGUAUUUAGCGAGGUUAGCGCGACUUUGAUAUGAACGUCUCCACUGCUGAAACCAUAAGGCAGUGCAUCAUCUAUACCUCAUCUCUUCGUCAACUGCAAUUGUUAUGGUCAUCAUGAACGUGGGUUUACUCGUGACAGCUUUCGUGGAAUUAUGGAGUAUUUUUUUGCUUUUCGUUCACGUCCUGGACGUCGGGAACUGCAGUGCGGUGGAGUACUAUAGUGGAAUGUCUGACAAUAUAUCGGCUGCCAUCAAACACAUGACCGAGGGGUAUGACAUUCGACUUAGGCCCCGUUUCGGAGGUCCCUCUAUUAACGUUGGUAUUGAGAUAGAAGUAAUAUCCAUCAACAGCAUAUCGGAGGUCAACAUGCCUCGCUACCAUGUGCAGCGCACCGUAUCGCCCGCUAUCCUCUGCGUACGUCUCUAA